AUGCUAGGACCGACUAGAUUCAAUGUAAAGCCAUUUUUAUACCCAUUUGGAAAUACUCCAGCAAUCAAUUUGUUACAGUCUCGGCGUCCUGCUUGCGAGAAGGAUGAUGCGGUAAGAGUAUUGUUGCUGGGUUGUGGUGAUCCCAGAAACUUGUUGUUUACCCUGUGCUGCAAUAAAGAUGAAGCGAUAAAAUGGGUGUUCAUGUGUUGCGACUUAGAGAGUGCAAUUCUGGCGCGCAAUAUUCUUCUUUUUUCGCUCAUCAUCGACAACGAAUCCAACGCAUCAAUCUGGAAUACAUUUUACCAUUUCUACAUAACUAACACCGACAAUGCCGUGCUGCAGAAACAGAUUCGCAAGCUUCUUCAACAAUCGGCGAACUUAGAAGUGUGGUCGUCUUCCAGCUAUGGCGCAUCGAUCUGUUUCAUGAACCAAGACACGUUGGAUCAAGUUCGAGAAAUGUGGUCUCAGUAUCUCGAGGUCGCAAAUCUUAGGUCAGAUUCCAAGGAACGAGAUCACCUCGAAACAAAGUUUAAAUCAGAGGUCAAUUUAACCAGGCGAGAGCAAUAUGUUACGAAUAGGGAUAUCGGGGUCCAGGAUUUCCGUGGCCGGAAACAGUAUGCAUCUGCUCUUCGCUCAGCAGGUGGGAAUUGGGAAAGUGCCAUCCAAACAGUUGUCAAUGCUUUUGAUGGAUUUUGGGACCAUGGUGUAAUCGCGGGAAACUCGCAUGAUGUGGAAGCUUUGAAACAUGACGGCCAACUUGUGAAUCCGCUGAUGGCACUUACUUCUGCAGGGAAUGCAUUUGCGAUCUCUUCAAACUCGGAUCCUCUUUUGGGCUUUCGUCUUGCAAGCGCCUUCGAUGAUUCGAAUUCUUCUCAAGAGGAAUUAGCCGAGGCCGUUGUGAUGCUAGCAAAGGCUCAAUUCCAGGAGUGGUGCGCGAGUUUUGGGGAAAGGGUUCGUGAGAAAGGAAUAGCCAUACGCCUCUAUUGCGGCGACGCUUUGAGAUUCUCUUAUGCGCUACAAAGCUUAGGAGGUAAUGUAACGCCAGAAACAAAACUGCUCAGUAUGUACACCACGGCAUGGCGUUCAACUCCACUGGAUCUAGACGAUCCUGGUAUAGCAAGCGGUAUUCGUACGUUUGACGUCAUCGACACCAAUAAUCUGGCUGAUCCCCUUGGCAUUCUAAAUCUGCUGCCUGCUAUAGCGCCAUUAUUGUCUCGCAAGGCAACCUCAGUCAUGUUUACUGAGACGCUGUCUUUGUAUACCAAAGAUCCAGUUGAAAUCCUAUCUCAUAUUCUGUGUUGCGAUAUCACAACCUUCUCACUGCUUCUGGGGCUGGCGCCAUCCGGUCACUUGUUCGGCUUUACCACAUAUGCCGUUGGACUGGAUGCCCAACGGCAAUUCUCAGUGCAUCGAAAUAAUAAUGAUAGUUAUCAUAUGCGAGUUGAGUGGAGAUACCCAAAUCUAGACGAUCCAGCCGGUAGAGAAUUGAUCUUUGAACCGCAUGAACUUGCCCUUUUCUUCUUCAAGCUCUACCUGAGGAUGUUUGAAAUUGAGUCCAUGUCUCCAACUAGCGGAAAAGAAAUGCAUUGUCUAAGAUACAGUCGCCUAGGGUUUUCCGCUCUUGUUUGCCUAGCGAAAGGUUGUGUCAAGAAAGAUCAGCUGUCAACUUUUGGGGACUGUCUUCUCGGACAUAUCGAAAACGAGGAUAGGUUGCGUGUCGGUGGUCUCCAACUCCUCGAGUUGUCUUUACACUUUUGCCAACUGGGUAUUUGUUCUCGGCCCUCUUUACUGGAAAUACCUCAUCAAAUCAUGCUCGCAAACCAGAAAGAAUUCAAAAAUGGUCCAUUGAGUUUUCCCAAUGAAGAAGCCAAUGGGAACCCACUUGAUCACAAUAACUUUCCCCGUCUGAUUUGGAUCUCUCUGAGCGUUUCACACGAGACUCUUGAGGCAUUGAAGCUAGAUAACGAGUAUGCCACGGUUGGGCUACAGAUCAAAAUCCGGCAUACAAAAAGUAAGACCGAGGCCAUCUUCAUUUGUCUUCAGUGCUUUUUUGGUAGUCUGGUCCAACGAGCUGACGAUAAUGAUGCUUACGAUGUCAUUGAAGAUCAACAGGGCUUGAAGGGGACAUCGGACUUAAUUGUGACAUGUGCUGUACCCUCCUUGGUAUUGAUGAUAGAGUCCACAGAAUCCACACGAAUAGAGUUAGCAUGUUUGAGCAACAAGCUGAGUGCGGACUAUAUGUGCGACGAGGCUAUAUGUAGCUAUAGCUUUGACGAGGAUAAUGUUUUGAUUCUAAGAGAACCUCCAGGAGUCAGAUUGCGACCUUUUGCAACAGAUCAUGCAGGCUCUCUACGUACACCUUCUGCCUCUAAAAGACCUUGCUUUGUCGGAAUGAAAGAUGGUAUUUCAGUCGAGACCAUGGAAAUUCAAAAGAACUUUGAGUAUUUGGAAACCGAAAGUGCCAUCAGAGCUCGUCAAAUAUCUCCUUGCACUAUUUCCGAAAGAUUCAACGGCUUUGAAGUCGGACAGGUCCAAUUCCCAUAUCCGAUCACACUCCACAAAGCGAUAAUUGAUACUUCGAACAAGGUUAAAACAUUGGUUGCUAAGCCGAGUUUAGCUUUAGAUAAUACAGGCUACACACUGAAUCCAUUUCCAGUUGUGUUGAAUGGCUCAGACGCUUACCCCCUCACACUUCCCAAAGUAAACAUAAAUCAGCAGCCAAUCAUAUCUGGCACUGGCCGCGAAACUGCCGAAUGGAUUUCGAAUCUCAUGCAUAGCAUGUUCUGCGCACGAGAACGCUCGUACUGGCGGGGAUCUGAUGUUGGUCUCCAAGAAGAUGCUCCUGCUCUAUUCUCAAUCAAAAGCUACAUCCAUAAUAUGGCGGUUUCCUUUGUUCAACCAUCUCGUCUGGGUCGAAAGCAGACGUUCUUGUUUGAUUCUGGUGUCCCACGUAAUACCUCAAUGAUCAUCUUUGUCUCGGCUUUGCGACACAAUAUAGAUCAGAGCUCGGUUGUUCUGGAUGCAUAUGUACUUCCGCUUACAGCCGAAUUCUCCCCACUCACUCCCGUAAUCGAGAAACUACUAGCUCAUAAAAGCACUCAGCCAAUUUCUUAUGGUAUGAGAGACGUAGACGAGCAACUAAUGAGACGAAUGCUUCCGGCAACCGUAGAAGCAUGUCGAAAAGGCUGGGACCACGGUCAAGGAUGCAAAUACCGUCAAUAUGGCUUAGUAUCCUCGUACACUGAAUCGAAUCAGUCACCAAUCUGCGCAUGCGGCGAAGGAGAAGAUGUAGAAGGCUUUCCGCGGGUUGAAGGAUGGGAAACGCUUAGUAGAUAUGCAACAAGAAUCGCUCUUAUGCCGUUAUCAACGGUGGAUUAUGUUGAAGCUCAUUAUUCGCAGGAAGAACAUGACAACUAUGGAAAAGGAAAAUUCUCAAUGUCGACCUCGCCAAAUUCUCACAUAGAUGAAAUAACACGGAAUUUGGUUAAUCAACUCGGUGUAGUUGACUCCAGAGGAUGUAAGAAAUGUGGCGAUAUCCCACAAGGAGACACGGUGUAUAAGCAAUGCGCGAGAUGUAGAGGAGUGAGGUAUUGUAGUCCGGUGUGUCAGAAGGCAGACUGGAAAGAGCAUAAGAAAAUCUGUAAGACUGCAGCGCCUGGCACUUGA